CUUUUACAGCUAGAGAUCACCAUGCAAGAGGCAGUAAAGUGCCUGCACAGUCUGGAGGAGUUCUGUCCGACCAAGGAGGACUACAGCAAGCUGUGUCUCCUCCUCACACUGCCACGCCUCACCCAUCACGCAGAGUUCAAAGACUGGAAUCCGAGCACGGCACGAGUGCAUUGCUUCGAAGAGGCCUGCGCGAUGGUAGCCGAGUUCAUCCCUGCGGACAGAAAGCUGAGUGAGGCGGGCUUCAGGGCUAGCGGGAACCGCCUCUUCCAGCUGCUAAUCAAAGGGAUCCUUUAUGAGUGCUGUGUAGAGUUCUGUCAGAGUAAAGCAACAGGAGAGGAGAUCACAGAGGGCGAGGUGCUGCUUGGCGUGGAUUUGCUGUGUGGGAACGGCUGUGAUGAGCUGGAUUUGUCGCUGCUCUCCUGGCUGCAGAAUCUUUCCCCGGGUGCCUUCACCUGCGCCUUCCAGCAGAAGACCCUCAACAUCCACGUGGACCGGCUGGUGAAGCCCAGCAAAGCUGGCCACGCCGACCUCCUUACUCCAUUAAUCAACCGUCUGUCCCCGUGCCCUACCUCACCCUUUCAUCAAAGACCUCAUUCGGCCGACACCUACAUGUCGAGAUCCCUCAACCCAGCUCUGGACGGCCUGUCUCACGGUUUGGCGGCCCAGGACAAGAGAGGCCUGGAGACAAACAUAAAGUUCACUCUUAGCCGGAGCCUCGUGGAGAAUAACGUGCAUCAGCAGGACGAUUCACCUGAGAGGAAGCACCCACAAGGGCUGGAUGGACCAAACACCACACGCACACCACUGACUCCUGGAAAAGACGGUGGGCCACCGUGCAGCACAGAAACACAUGAGCGUCGUGACUCCACUGAGCACAUCCAGGAGUAUUACAGACAGCGGCUCCGCGUGCAGCAACAUCUGGAACAGAAGCAGCAGCAGAAGCAGCUUUACCAGCAGAUGCUGCUGGAGGGGGGAGUGAAGCCCCAGGAUGGAGCCCAGCACAACCUCACAGAAACCUUCCUCAGCAGAUCCAUCCAGAAGUUGGAAGAGAUGAAUGUGGGCAUCGACCACCGUGGAGACGACAUGAUGGCGCAGCUGGGCCAGCAGUGGAACGGGCUGACGGGGAACAACAGCACAUCUAGCCCAAGGGUGCCUCACACCCGUCACACCCCAGAUGAAGGACCGCCGAGGGACAAGCCAGGUGGGGUGAGCAGCAGCACGCCAGUAAGCACCGGGAGCCACAGCUUGCCAUUGCUCAGUGAGUCCCCAGUUCCUCCCAAUAAAAGAAUCACUGGCGCUGGUCCUACAGUCCAGGAUGACUCCACAAGCUCUGCAACACGUAGCACACAUGAGCCCGCAAAGUGCAAAACACAGUUUGUUAAGGUGAGCCAGCUCGAGGACACACAGGCAGUGCGCGCAGUGGCCUUCCAUCCCGCCGGUGCGCUGUAUGCCGUCGGCUCCAACUCAAAAACCCUGAGAGUGUGUGCCUACCCGGAAACACUAACUGCCAGUGGUUCUGGUGGAGCGAAGCAGCCGGCUGUGCGCUUCAGGCGGAACAAACAUCACAAGGGCUCAAUCUACUGCGUCGCCUGGAGCCACUGUGGACAGCUUUUGGCCACUGGCUCCAAUGAUAAAUAUGUCAAAGUCUUGCCUUUCAAUGCAGACACCUGCAAUGCCACAGGCCCAGACCUGGAGUUUAGCAUGCAUGACGGCACUAUUAGAGAUUUGGCUUUUAUGGAAGGUCCUGAAAGUGGAGGAUCUAUUUUGAUCAGUGCUGGAGCCGGGGACUGCAACAUCUACACUACUGACUGUCAGAGAGGACAGGGCCUUCAUGCCCUGAGCGGACACACCGGUCACAUUCUGACUCUGUACACAUGGGGAGGGUGGAUGAUUGCUUCAGGCUCACAGGACAAAACUGUCCGCUUCUGGGACCUGCGGGUGCCCAGCUGUGUUCGGGUGGUGGGCACAACUUUGCAUGGCACAGGUGAGUCAUACUGA